AUGCUAGUACCAGUUUUUUCAUUACAAUUAAAUACUAAAGUAUUCCCACGAACUGUUAGCGUCGGUAAAUUUAAUGGAAAACAAUCAUGUCUUGUUGGUGCUACUGCAGGGAAUAAAGUUUUCAUACAUUCUCCACGUGAUGUUAAUCUGCAAGCACAACAAUUAGACGGAAAUAUUUCUCUGCUCAAUGUUAAUCAAGUAGUAACAAGUUUAGGAUGUGGUCAACUUGAUGAACAAUUAAAGAAAGAUCUUCUUGUUGUUGGAACAAGUACAAAUAUUGUUGCUUAUGAUAUUGAUCGAAAUGUUGAUCUUUUCUUUAAAGAUAAUCCAGAUGGCGCACAUGCUAUCACAAUAGGUCAAUGGGGGGAAUUACCCGAAAAAUUAGCUAUAGUCGGUGGUAAUUGUUCAAUACAUGGUUAUAAUAAGAAAAGUGAAGAUGUUUUAUGGACAGUAACAGGCGAUAAUGUUUCAUCAUUGGCUUUACUGGAUUUUAAUGGGGACGGUUAUAAUGAACUUGUUGUUGGCUCGGAAGAUUACGAUAUACGAGUAUUUCGUGAAGAUCAAUUAAUAGCUGAAAUGCAGGAAACAGAAACCAUCGUGUCAAUGUGCCCGUUAGAUGGUGCAAGAUUUGGAUAUGCAUUAGCCAAUGGUACUGUUGGAAUCUAUGAAAGAUCGAAUCGUCAUUGGCGUAUUAAAUCAAGACAUAUUGCAGUUGUUUUACAAGCAUUUGAUGUUAAUGGAGAUGGUGUUGAUGAAUUAGUCACUGGUUGGAGUAGUGGCAAAGUUGAUAUUCGUAGUGAUCGUCAAGGAGAAGUUAUAUUUAAAGAAAGUCUUAACUCUUCAAUUGCCGGAAUUGUUAAAGCUGAUUAUCGAGUAGCAGGUGAAAAUCUCCUCAUUUGCUGUUCAAAUGAAGGUCAAGUUCGUGGUUUUAAAUUUUCUGAACAAGAUCCCAAUGCACUUACUGCUAGUCUAUAUAGAGACCGACAAGAAGCAAUUCGAGAUUUAGCUCAAAAAAAACAAGCUCUCCUAAUUGAGCUUGAACAUCUUGGCGAUGCAAUAAAACAUUCUAAAUAUACAAUCAACAAACCCACUAGACCUAUUGUAUCGGAUUCAGAAGCUGAAAUUCCAGCACAUACAAAAAUUGAAACUUUAUUUACAGUAGAAAAAAGACAGAAUGAUUCUCCGGCACAUGUUGCAGUCAGAAUGAAAACUUCGAAUAAUACUAUUAUUCGAGUUGUAACUAUCUUUGCUGAAGGUUUAUUCAAAGGCGAAUGUCUUGUUACUCAUCCAGCUGUUAAUCAUGUAAAAGAGAGUAUUGCUGUACCAAUAAUUCCAGCUCGUGAUACUCCUGUAGAUUUACAUAUUCAAGUUUUUGUUGGAUUUAAAUCGAGCACACUUUUUCACGUAUUUGAAUUGACUCGACCAUUGCCUAUGUUUUCGAUGUAUAUGAUGAUUGAAAAUGCACCAGAUCAAGAACCUAAAGGCUUUGUUACAUUUUAUCUCAAUGAACGUAUUCCACGAGCUCUUGCUUGGAUUAACCAUAAUUUUCUUCUCGCGCAAGAAUAUGCACCGACUGCACCAAGUCUAUAUGUGACUUUUCUAGCAAUUAGAAACGAUACAAGAUUAAUUAUUAAAAUGCAAAAUAAUGGACAAAUAACAAUUCAAACCGAUGAUAUGGAAUUAGCAGGAAAUGUAAUUCAAUCAAUGUGUAAAUUUUUAAAUAUUGACGACUUACAAACAACAGGAGAUUUUCCACACGAACUUGAAAUACUUCAAAAAUUGUUUUCUGAGAUUGAAGAAUAUCAAAUCGCACGACAAAGAAUUUCGUCUGAUAUGGCUGAACAUUCAAAUAUUAUUCGAAGUUUUUUAAUACGUGCAGAAGAUGCACGUCUACUUGGUGACAUAUCUUGUAUGAAACGAAAUUAUAUAGAUUUAUUAAAUUUAAAUCGUGAUCUAAUUCAUGGUUAUAAAAUUCGAUGUACAAAUCAUGAAGAAUUAAUGAAAAAACUAAGAUAUCUUAAUCAAAUGGUGCAAAAAGCUGGCAAUUUACGAUUUGGAAAAUAUAAGACAAUUGCUAUUAAUCAAUGUCGUGCAGCAAUCAAAGCAAAUAAUGCUCAAUUAUUAAUAAAAACGAUCAAAACAGGCAGUGUUUAA